AUGAGACAGGCAGUGCUACUGACACAUCUGCAUGACGAUACAUACCGGCUGUUGAAGAACCUUGUGUACCCGAGUAAGGUAGAAGAGGUCGGGUACGACGAGUUGUUGAGGGUGCUCGACGGUCAUUUUACUCCGAAGAGGUGUACCUUCGCUGAUAAGACCAAAUUCUACGAGGCUAUGCGUGACGUGGGGGAGAGUGUCGAGAAGUGGGCGGCUAGAAUCAGAGGACUCGCCGUACACUGCGAGUUUGGAAACUCGCUGGACAUGCUGCUGCGGGACAAGUUCGUGCUGGGGCUACGCGCCGGCAAGGAGCGCGAGCGACUCUUCGAGCAGGACGCCACCACGCUCACGCUGGCGAAGGCGAUGGAGCUGGCACAGCAGACGGAGUGCGCGCAGAAGGCACGCGCCGAUGCAGUGGCCGUGGCCGUGAAGCAGGAGCCGGUGUACCGGGCGGGCGCGCAGCCGUCCGCCGGCCGCCGGGACCCCGAGGCGAGGACCUGCUCGGUGUGCGGUAUGAGGAGCCACGACGAGAGUAGGUGCCGAUAUAAGUCCUACCGGUGCCAGCUGUGUGGUGAAAAGGGACACCUCAAGAAAGUGUGUACUUCCAAGAAGCAGUCCAAGAGUCGUGUGAACAAUGUUGAAGCGACAGAGUUCUCGGUAGAAGGUGGGGACUGCGAUAAUUGCAAGGAGUGUAAACUUCUAAGUUUAAGUUUCAUUCCGAACGCAUCGAACAUGUUAAGUCCGUUACACGAACUACUGCGCGCGGAGGCAAAAUGGGAGUGGGGACGUUCACAGGAGGAGGCGUUUCAGGCAGUAAAAAGGGAGUUAUGCUCUGAGCGCGUGUUGGCUCAUUUUGACCCGGAGGCUCAGCCAGUGCUCAGUGUGGAUGCAGGACCUGGGGGGUUAGGUGCCCUUCUGGCACAACGCGACCCGGCAACCGGUGCCGAGCUCCCACUCGCGUUCGCCUCGCGCUCGCUCAAUGCUAGCGAGAGGAACUACAGUCAACUUCAGAAAGAAGCCGCGGCCAUCAUUUUUGGUGUUAAAAAGUUCCACCAGUAUCUAUAUGGCAGGGUGGUUAUUCCGACAAUAUUUCGAGAUCAGCUGUUACGUGAAUUACACACCGGACAUUUAGGUAUUGUCAAGACGAAAAGCAUCGCGCGCGGUAAGAUGUGGUGGCCUAACAUUGAUGGCGAUAUCGAGCGCUGGAUCGGCUCAUGCGCCGCCUGCGUGGCCGUGCGCGCCGCCCCUCCCCGCGCCGCUCCCGCGCCUUGGCCGCGUCCUCCGUCUGCCUGGUACCGGGUGGUAUCCCAUCCUCGUCGCCAGUGA